CUCGCGUGUGAUGUGUUUGUGUAUCCUCAGUGUUUUUCUAUCUUGAGUGUUUUAUUGAGUGUUAACAGAGUCUUGUCUCUGUGUAUUUUAGUGUUGAUGAUGAGAUGGAUGUGAUGUGCUGUAAAUCAGGAACUGAUCAGGGCUUACAGGAUGAGGAAUCUACUGAUCAAACCUCCACAGAGUCUCUGGAUUCUGUCUGGAACGCUGGAGAACAGCAGCAGAUCCUGCAGACCAAACUCAAGAUGUGUUCAGUCAAACCCAUCGACUGCACGAACCUCAUGAUGAAGAUCAAAACUGAACCUACAGACAUAAAAACUGAACCUACAGACAUAAAAACUGAACCUACAGAAAUAAAAACUGAAUCUACAGAAGUAAAACCUGAACCCACGGCAGAUGAAUGUGAAGACAGUCAUGUUGAUGGUCAUGCUUUUAUUAUUUCUUCAGAUGUGAAGAGUGAAUUAUGUUUGGAAGGAGAAAUAACGUCCUCGACUCUUUCCUGCAUCAGCGGUGGAGAGACAUUGAGCUCACAGAGACAUUUAGAGAGAGAACACACAGAACAGAAAGUGCUUUUACACAUCAAUGAGAAACCGUAUCAAUGCAGUGAAUGUGGAAAAACAUGUAGGGAUUCAUUCUCUCUAACAGCACACCAAGCACUACACACUGGAGAGAAGCCCUAUCAAUGCUCACACUGUCAUAAACCUUUCAGUCAUAAAUCUCAGCUGAUAGUCCAUGAGAGAAUUCACACAGGGGAAAAACCUCAUCACUGUGAUGUUUGUGGGAAGAGUUUUAAUCGAAAUGACAGUUUAGUGUCACACCAGAGAAUUCAUACAGGUGAAAGACCUUACAAAUGCUCUCAGUGUGAGAAGACAUUUACUCAUUUAACUUCCUUAAAAGUCCAUGAGAGACAUCACACUGGAGAGAAACCUUAUGUCUGCUGUCACUGUGAAAAGCGCUUUUCACAUCAAAAUGCCUUUAGAGAUCAUCAGAGAGUUCACACUGGAGAGAAACCUUUCGUCUGCUCUCAAUGUGGAAAGAGCUUCACUAAUCAUAGUUCUAUUAAAGUUCAUCAGAGAGUUCAUACGGGAGAGAAACCUCAUCACUGUAAUGUCUGUGGGAAGAGUUUUAGACAACGGGCUACCUUUGUGAGUCACCAGAGAACUCAUACAGGUGAAAAACCUUACAAAUGCUCUCAUUGUGAGAAGAUGUUUACUCAGGCAGGUCACUUAAAAGUUCAUGAGAGAGUUCACACUGGAGAGAAACCUUACGUCUGCUCUCACUGUGGAAAGAGCUUCACUAGUCAUAGCUCUAUUAGAGUUCAUCAGAGAAUUCAUAUGGCAGAGAAACCUCAUCACUGCAAUGUCUGUGGGAAGAGUUUUAGGCAACAGGCUGACUUACUAAAGCACCAGAGAACUCAUACAGGAGAAAAACCUUACAAAUGCUCUCAGUGCGAGAAGAUGUUUGCUCAUUUAACUUCCUUAAAAGUCCAUGAGAGACUUCACACUGGAGAAAAACCUCAUCACUGUAAUAUUUGCAGGAAGAGUUUUAAUCAACAUCACCAUUUAGUGUCACACCAGAGAAUUCAUACAGGUGAAAACCCUUAUAAAUGCUCUCAAUGUGAGAAGACAUUUGCUCAUUCAGCUUCCUUAAAAGUCCAUCAGAGACUUCACACUGGAGAGAAACCUUACGUCUGCUCGAUCUGUGGAGAGAGAUUUGCUUCUUCUAGAAGUCUUCAGAAUCAUCAGAAGAAACAUACUGAAGAACAAACUACACUGAAAUCAUCACAGUGUCGGUCUAAUAAUGUGCUAAAAAAUUAUUGAUUUCUUCGAAUGACUUUGACCUCUGUAAUUUGUGGCACGAAAAGCAAUGUUUUUACCACUCCCCUCUUUUGCUCAACAAAUUAACAGGUUGACCAAUGAGAUCUGAGCAUUCCAUCACAUUCCCAGAGCCACUGCUGUAAAUCAAAAUGUGAGAUGUGGCGCUACAGCACCCAAAACUAUUGACAGAGCGCGUAAAAACAUUGUUAAAACAAAUCAAAUGAAUUUCAUUUAUAUAAUGCUUUUCCAAACCAGCUGUACAUGAAUGAUUAUUAUAAUUAUUAAAGAAUUUUAAAGAGCUGCAAGGGUACAAAGAAAGCAUUCAGUUGUCGCUGGGUAAUCAUCAAUAUGGCAGCAUGAGGAUGGGCAUCACACCAAACUGGAAUUAAACCUGUCUGUUUCAGAUGUCCUCAGAGAGCUAAAGACUGACACCAAAUGGCAGAACCCACAGAGAAAAGACACUGAAUUCUGAUGAAAGUCAACAUCUGAAAACUUUCUCAAAGAGUUCACAUCUACCUCAAAGUCAACCAACCCACUUUACAGGGACAGAAGAGUCACCUCUCCAAGAUUAUUGUGUUUCUCUCCUUACAAUCUCUCUCUCCUCCUCACAUGAUGGUCUCUAGAGAUGCUCAAAGCUCACUUAUAGGUUACCUACUUUAAUAAAAGAUCUGGUAAAAUCCACCACUGACAUGGAAAUUGGUUUAGAAACUGCAGAUAAACUUCACCCAGGUCUCGCACACAAAUUCCUGUAUGUAAAUAAAAUAUAUCUUCCCACAGAAAUCAAAGACACAGCAAAGUUAACGCCCCAAAAUGUAAUAAUAGAUAAAUAAACACUGCUCGGUAAAACUAUGGGUAUUUAAAGGAUGGUGGUAGAGCAUUCUCUGAAUCUAUAAACAGAUUUCCUGCACGAUCGCUUUGUGUAGUUUUCAUCACCAGACAUUUUUAAUCGUUUUCAUUUUGUACUAUUAAAGGAUUUUGUAUGAUUAAUGUAAUAUAUAUCGCUUUUACACCACAUGGCUGUUAUAUUUUGAUUGGUUGAGAAAUGUUUCACAGGUGUUGAAUAUUUUUCUGUAAAAUGAACACCUAACCUGUCAGAUGUCUUAAAAUAACCAACAGAGCAAUGUCUGUUGUAACUGUGGUGUAAGAAUAAUUUAACAGCCCAUCGUCAAUUAUUCCUUACAAAUUGGAUAUAGAAUUAAUACAUUGUUUAAUUUCUGCUUUCGUAUUUAUUAACUGUUUUGUAUGAUUGAUGAAAUUUAUUGCUUGCAUUGGACUUUGGAUUAUUUUGUAUUAUUGGCAUGUUUAUCUUGCUAAAUAAAUCCAAACAUUUGGAAAGUAGAUUUGAUAUAUCCUUUGUUACCACAAAAAUCCAUGAUGAGGAUUAAGUGGGCGUAUUGUCAUGCUUUUUUAUUUUAUUUAUUUGGGGGUUAAUUUACAGGAUCAAUCAUUUGUGCAUCGACUAUCUUUAAUUAUGAGGUAUGAUAAACUCUUAACUAGUUGUAUCAAGCAGAGUUGUGUGUGUUUGUUUAAGGGUGGAUUUUGUCAAAAUGGGCGGCCCAACCACAGGCGUUGGUAAAACUGCGUCAAAUGUCUGUGUUUUGUCAGAAGUCAUCAUGUAAGUGCAUAUAAUGUAAAUUAUCUUAUAUUAAGUUUAUACAGUUAACUUUGGGACAAAGACAUUUCUUCUUGAUUUUCUUCUGUACACUACAGAUUUAGUUAAUCAAACAUUUCACACACGGUUAAAGUGACAUCCAUAGAUUUUAUUAAGGCAUCUUUCAGGGCAUGCUAAUGUUUGGGGAAAUGAUUCACAGGUGUUUGUGUUUAACCCAUAUUGUGUUUAACUACUGCAGGUAUGAGAAGCUUUCAGAAUGAAACUUGGAUAGAAAAUUACUUCUAUGUCUUUUUUAAAUAAAUCUUGUUCAAUCACAAUAAACUAUUGGUAGCUACAUUUCCCAGCUACGUUCAAUGUUAUUUCUACAUCACACAAAAUACAACAACAGUUUAUUACUGUACUAACACAGCAUCAGCAAAGGUAUUGCUUUAAAAUAAAGCAAUUUUCAUGUGCAUGUUCCCUAUAGCCCAAAACACCUUGAACUGACAUCUUAAAAUAUAUCUGUGUCAUUGUUUUGUGUUAAGAUGCACACCAGUAAUGUUUUUGUAAGGUGUGUUUGUAAAACUAUUUAAAUGCCCUAAGGCCUGGCACUGGCCAAAAUAAUGUGAACACUUUACUAUGGGGACAAAAUAAUUCGGCUAACCCUGAUAAACUACUUUGCAAAAUAAUAAAUUUGCAAAUGACCUCUUAUUUAACUCUUUGUAUUCCUUAAGCUUUGUAUUGCAGUUUAAGUUGUAUUCAGUAAGUACGGCAUGCAAGUAAAAUAUAUCUGUUUAAGGGAUUCUGUUUAUAAAUAUAUAAGCAAAUUUGUUUUGUGUCUAAAGAGCAACAGUCUUAAGUUACCAUAACCAACUCAUCAGUGAAAGAAAAUACAAAAAAUUAUACAAGGUGCACCCAUCUUAUUUUCAAAUCCCAAUGUUGACAUAUGAGGUAAAGACUGUAUUCCCUGACGCUGGAUCUUUACAUUUAAUUAAAAAUCAGAAUUGUGACAGCCAUUACCACACCAUGAAGAAACAUAAAC